CAUUUUUCAUAAAAAAAAAAAUCUUUCAACAAAAUAACAAGCAUAAUUCGUUCAAAAACCCAUAAUGAAAACUUACACCAUUACUUUCACGUCCGAGGCCUCUGAAUCUGAUAUCGAAGAGAUCGUUAAGGAUAUUGCGGCCAAGGGAGGCAAAAUCAUAGAGAAAUUUACCUUGAUCAGGGCAUUCGUAGCUGAAAUUCCGGAGGAUCUUUUUCAGGACCUGCGUGGCAAUCAUAUAGUUGAAUCUAUCCAACUCGAUGAUGUCGAUACUACCCAGUAACUUGCAAUCAUAUUGUAGAGAUCCAAGAAAUAACAAUAAAGUUUCC